ACCCGAUCCAGAUCGUAGACAGCUUUUAAUAAGAAUAACAACAAAAAUAACCAAAAUAACAAACAACUUUCACAACCAAAAUGUCGACCGACUACAAAUUCGAGGGAUGGAUGGGAGAUGAUGCUUCUUCCUCAAAGGGCAACAUGGUUUGGAGGGAGUUUCAGCCAAAGGAGUGGGAAGAGACUGAUGUUGACAUCAAAGUCACUCACUCUGGUAUCUGCGGUUCAGACUUGCACACUCUGCGAUCAGGAUGGGGCGCUACGGAGUACCCCUGCGUUGUUGGGCACGAAAUCGUCGGUGUUGCAGUUCGAGUAGGCUCCAAGGCUGAGGGUGAUAUCAAGGUUGGCGAUAUUGUUGGUGUUGGUGCUCAGAGUGAUUCUUGCCUUGGCCGCGACGGACCUUGCUCAACCUGCGAUGCAGGCCUGGAGCAGUACUGCGCUGGCAACGUCAACACUUAUAACGCCAGACAUCGCAACAACGGCAAGGCAUAUGGUGGCCACGCUUUGUAUCACCGAGCUCCUUCUCACUUCGUCGUCAAGAUCCCCAAGGGCGUUGCCCCCGAGUUUGCUGCUCCUCUGAUGUGCGGAGGCAUCACCGUUUACUCGCCACUCAAGUUCCACGGCGCCGGUCCUGGCAAGAAGGUCGGCAUUGUUGGUGUCGGUGGUCUUGGCCACUUUGCUGUGUUGUUCGCCAAGGCUUUCGGCGCCGAUGAGGUUGUCGGAAUCUCCAGGAGAGAAAGCAAGAGGGCGGAUGCUCUCAGCUUGGGAUGCGAUGACUACAUUGCAACGAGCGAUGACAAAGAUUGGGUUAAGAACAACAAGGAGCGCUUUGAUCUGAUCAUCUCCACCGCUUCUUCUGAGGAUAUGCCUCUAAAUGAGUACCUGGCACUCCUCAAGCUCAACGGAACGCUCGUUCAGGUUGGCGCUCCAGAGAACCCCGUCCCUCUCCGACCUUUCGCCCUGAUUGCCGGCCGCAAGAACCUCACCGGCUCAGGUAUCGGCAGCCCAGGUGAGAUUCGCGAAAUGAUGCAGCUCGCCGCUGAUAAGCAAAUCAAACCAUGGGUGGAACUGCGACCUAUGAGCGAUGCCAACCAGGCUAUCGUCGACUUGGACGCAGGCAAGCCUAGAUUCCGAUACGUCCUGGUGAAUGAGUGGUGAAAAUGAGGCCACAUGUCCAAGAUUCACUGGUAUAGCAGAAAUACCAUGGACAUAAGAUGAUGAGACAGGUGGAUGUGUGAGUGGGAGGAAGAUCAAUAAGCGUUGCUAGUUUGCUUAAAUACCAUAGAGAAAAUAUAGAUUGCAUGUCAAAUAACGAAGACGCUGAGAUUGUGAAACUGAGUUUAUGUCCUCAUGAAUAUGCGAGGGGGAAUGAGAAGAUAAGAUUGUCUCUGUAGCUAAG